AUGAAAGCACCGGAGGAUGCACUAUUAUGUCCUAUCACAUUAGAACUAUUUUGUGAUCCCGUCGUGGCACAAGAUGGUCAUACAUACGAGAGGAAAGCUAUUGAAGAAUGGAUACGAAAAAAUGGUAGAAGUCCAAUUACAGAUCAACAGAUAUCAUUAGAACACUUAAUUCCAAAUUAUGCAAUGAAAAAAAUGAUCGACCAUUUUGAAAGUUCAUUAGAUAGCAAAAAUUUUCAAUAUACUCUCGAUGUGGACGUGAAAAAGAAAAAAGGUCGACCGUUGUUUCAAACAUUUGGAAAAACCAUCUAUUCUGCAGAAUGGUUACCAAGCAAUGAUGGCCAUCCAGAGAUAAUAUUAUUAAAAAUUGAUGGUGCACGAGCCAAUAAAGAAGCCUCGUUCUAUGUUAAUCUUAGUCGUCAUCCACAUAUUGUUCGAACAUUUGGUCUGGUACAGGAAGACGAUGGUGACAGAAAUUCUAUUAUGUUAUUACAAGAAUAUGCAUCUGAAGGAAGUCUUUAUGAACUUCUAACCGAGCGAAAAAAGGCACUUGAUGAGAAAAUUUUGAUUGAGAUAUUUUGUCAAGUCAUCGAUGCAAUGAGUUAUUUAUCAUUAAAUAAUGUUGUUCAUGGUGAUUUAGCAUGUCGUAAUGUACUUGUGUUUCGUUUUGACGAGAAGAAUCCAAGAAAUAUUGUGGUCAAAGUAACAGAUUUUGGGCUUAGUCGUUAUAGUAAAAUUUAUAGUCAAACUACAGCUGUAGGAAAGACAACAUUAAACAUUAUUCCCAAACGAUAUUGUGCACCAGAAAUACUGUCAACAAAUGUAACAGCGAAUGAUUAUACAGAAAAAUCGGAUGUUUAUUCCAUGGGUAUAUUAAUGUGGGAAGCAUAUUCUCGAGGUGCUAUACCUUGGACUAAUAUCGAAAAAGAUGAUGAUGUCGUUCGACGAGUUAGAAAUGGGGAUAUACUACCUAAGCCAGCGAAUUGUAGUCCUCAGUAUUGGGAUAUUAUUACUAAAACAUGGAGUAAAUUACCUAAUCAACGACCAACAUUUGAUCAACUAAAACAACUUUUCCAAGAUCAAUUAUACCAAACUACAACGUCGGCACCGAGACCGACCACGCCAUCCUUUUAUAAACCAGAUAAUCCUAGUAGCAAUAAUUCAACUGUAGCAUCGAAUGAUCAAACUCGUUCUGAACGUUCCGAUUACAAUCGCAGUACUUCUGUUAAUUCCAGAAAUCAACCAACAACUGGCAUCAAUAUCAACACUGAUGACGUGAUCGGCAAAACUGUCCAAUUCGGCAAAGACUCAUACGUCAUCAGAGGUUAUAUUACAUGUGGAGAACAUCAGUUAUUUGCACUUGAAUGUGAAAAAUCCAUAACAGGCUAUAGUGAUUUAUGUCCGAAAUGUGGUAAAAAACAUAUUGCACUAAACAAAAAUCGUGGCUUUUAUGCUUCGGUAAAUUCUGUCUAUAACGCGCUUGGACAACAACAGUUAGAAAAAGAACGUUUACAAGGUCGGAAAAAAAUUGAACAAUUACGCUGUAUCAAAGAAAAUUUACCUCCACUUAAUCAGCCAGUACUUGGUGUAAAUAAAGGCAUUGAAGGUGAUUCAAAUUCAUGCUAUAUGGAUGCAACUAUUUUCUGUAUGUUUGCUUAUUGUAAUGUGUUUGAUUCAUUACUACAUAUGAGAACUGACAAAGAGCCCAUAGAAAAAUUACAACAGUUGUUAAGAGAAAAUAUUGUGCAUGUACUUCGAAGUAAUAUUGGUUUUGUUGAACGUGAUGCUUUAUAUAAUUUACGAGCUCAAUUAAGUGAAGCAACUAGUGAUCCAUCAUUUAAAGAAAUGGAAAAAGAUCCAAGUGAAUUUUUACGAGCACUUGAAGAACUUUUUCACUAUGCACCAUUAAAAACUAUUCCACCUGAUCAAUCACCAAAUCCAAAUGCAUCUAAUGUAACAACAAAUAUUAUGUGGGAAAUGUUUGAUGCUAAUCCACAAAAUUUGCUUUCAGCAAACAUAGCUAGUAUAUUUCGAAAUUCACUUUCUGAGAUUCCAGUUAAAUUAGCAACUAUUCCACCUUUUCUUAUUUUGGUUGCUCCACGUCAUACACGUUCACAACGCUCUUAUCGUUAUAUUAUACCUGAUCGUCAAAUUAUUCUUGACAACGAUAUUGUACAACUUGUUUGUGUCAAAUGUGAAAAAACAAAUCAUGAUCAAGAUCAGCCACAUGAUUUUUAUUUAUGUAAUACAUGCUAUUCGAAAGAAUCACAGUCAUUAUCUAUAGCGAUGACUGAUGCCAAAGUUUUAUGUUAUUGUAGAACUUGCAUAACUAAAUUGCAUAAAGACCGAGCUUACGAAAUCGCUAAUCAUACUACAAGAAAAAUUGACAUGAACAAACAUAAACUUAAUCUAUUUGCUGUAUUAUGUGUUGAAACAAGUCACUAUGUUGCUUUUGUCAAAUGUAAACAACAAAAUCAACAACAUGAAUGGCUGUUUUUUGAUAGUAUGAGUGAUCGAAUUCAUAAUGAAAAGAAUAUACCUCUUGUCAAUCAUAUACCUGAUUUUGAUCGAUGGAUUGAUGAUGCUGAACAAGAUAAAUAUUUCUUUCAAGGUCUAGAUAGAAUUCGAAGUCAAACAAGACCAUCUUCACAAAAAUUUGAUGAAAAUGCUAUGCGACAAUUACGUUUGUUUCGUGAUGGUAUUGUUUUCUUCUAUGAAAACUCAAGUGUUAAUUAUCUAUAA